AUGGCCGACGACGAGGCACUGGGGGCCCCACCCCGAGUCAUGCCAGUGUUCAUGGGAAACCCCUGGGUCCAGAAAUAUGGAGGAAAUGAGUCAGAGGUGCGCCUCUCCGAAUGGCGGGCUCAGAUCGAAUAUCUGGCCGGGCUACAGGGACUGAGCGCGACCCAACAGCUACAGUUUGCCCUCAACUCCCUUGACGGGGAAGCGCGGCGGGAAGUCCAAGCCGCCCCCGAAGCUGUCCGAACCACCGCCCAGUCUGUGUUCAGAUUCCUGACGGAAAGGUAUGGUGACGCCACUCCAACUGCGGUUCUCCGGGCCCAGUUCUUCAGCAGCAAGCAGGGCCCCCGCCAAUCCGUCAGAGCUUUCGCCCUCCAACUACGGGAGCGAGUUACCAGGCUGCAGGGACGCCCAGACCAUGGUCUCGGAGAUAGUGAGACUCUGUUGAGGGACCAAUUCCUGUUGGGGCUAAGGGAAGGCCCGGUACGCCAGGGACUUAGAGUCCAAUUCAGAAGGGAGCCGGAACUCACCUUCGAAGACCUAAAAAAGGAAGCGGUGGCAUUGGAGAACGAUCAGGUUGAGGUGCAAGAACCCCCUGUGUGUGCGGCCGUAAGUAGCUCCGCAGUGGCUGUCCCCGACAUGGCAGAGUGGAAACAGACUCUGAAGCUCGAACUCCUAAAGGAUGUCCGGGAGCAGAUGGCGGAGCUAACCAAGACGCUCGUGGACGAGCUGCGUUCUGAGGCUACCAGGCCAGAGGUGAGGCCCAUCUCGCGGGACCGGGUGUACUCGGACGGGAACAGGGAAGCAGGGAGGCGGCCUAACCGGCCCAACCGGCCCCAGUUUGAAUGGGACGAGCAAGGACGACCUAUCUGCAACCGCUGUGGCCAACCAGGCCAUUACAGCCGACAGUGUGGUCCUCGAAGAGAUGACCCACCCAUCAGAGCAGGCUCCAAGGACAGGCUGGUCGGGCAUAGCCCAGUGGUGGAGGUCCAGGUGUGUGGUGUGAAGGUGCCCUGUCUCGUCGACACCGGAUCCCAGGUGACCCUAUUCGCGGAGAGCCUGUCGCAAGAGCUGUUUGGAGAUCAGAGGAUGCAUGGGACGGAGGCUCCCUGGCUCUCCCUGAAAGGAGCAAAUGGUCUGGACAUCCCCUACAUUGGCUACAGGCUGACGGACUUGGAGAUCCACGGAGUGAUCGUGCCCCAGAAGGGAGUGAUCAUCGUAAAGGACCACUGUCUGGGGAGUCACCGGGCCUUGCUAGGUAUGAAUGUAUUAUCUGCAUGUUGGGACGAAUUGUUUCGGGCAACGCCCGCUCGAGGGAUCUCGCUGGCCGAACAACAGGAAUGGGAACGUGUCGCCGCUGACUGCCGACGGAUCCAGAUGUCCCGGGCCCGGCAAGGCCGCGAAGGGACAGGUCGGGUAGCGUGCCGUUAUGCCCUGUCCGUGCCAGCGAACAGCGAGGCCCUAGUAUGGGUGCGAGUCCUCCAGCGGGACGUGGGAGCGGAGGAAUGGGUGUUGGUGGAGCCCCACUGGGAUGGCCAGCAGGUAGAAGUCGCCAGAGGUUUGGCCGUGGCACGAAGAGGACGGAUCCCGGUGAGAGUUCGGAACGGGACGCCCCAUGUUGUGCACCUACAUAAACACCAGCGGCUGGUCAAGGUAACGCCGGUAGAAUCCCAUCAGGUGCGGGAGGACCAGGACGUGAGCUUUCGCCAAGUACACCCCGCGGUGGUGGAAGUGGCCCUUACCCAAGCGAGCUCGUCGCCCCAGAGCCUAGGGGAGGAGGUGCCCGGCCACUUGAAGGGAAGUUCCCUGCAAGGGGAGGAGCUGGGACCGACACAGGCCAGGAAGCUGCGAGACCUGCUGAGCAAGUGGCAACAUGUCUUCUCGGCACACGAAGAGGACUACGGCUGCACCAACGUCGUGCAACAUCGGAUCCCCACCGGAGAUGCAGAGCCCAGUAGAGAAAGGUACCGACCCGUCCCACCUACCCUGUACACGGAGGUCCGUGCAUUGCUGCAAGGUAUGCUCAAUCGAGGGGUUGUUAGAGAGAGCAGCAGCCCGUGGGCAGCUCCCAUCGUGUUGGUACAGAAGAAGACUGGCGCAUGGAGGUUUUGCGUCGACUACCGCAAGCUGAACCUGGUCACUAGGAAGGACGCGUUCCCCCUACCCCGGAUCGAGGACUCCCUGGCUGGCUUGACACGCUCGGCAUGGUACUCCACGCUGGACUUGGCAAGUGGCUACUGGCAGGUACAAGUGGCCGAGGCCGACCGGGAGAAGACCGCCUUUACCACCCCGUUCGGUCUCUUUGAGUGGGACCGGAUGCCCUUCGGCCUCUGCAACGCUCCUGCCACCUUCCAGAGGCUGAUGCAGCGGUGCCUGGGAGGUCAGUUGAUGGAGUCCGCCUUGGUAUACCUGGACGAUGUGAUUGUCUAUUCCCCAGAUUUCGACUCCCACUUACAACACCUUGAGCAGGUCUUCGGGGCCAUGGAGAAAUAUGGGCUGAAGCUCCAGCCGGACAAAUGCCAUCUGUUACGGCGGGAGGUCAAAUUCUUGGGACACUGUGUGGGCGCGGCGGGAGUUUCGGUCGACCCGGAGAAGGUGUCGGCGGUGCGAGAGUGGGCUGCCCCGCAGACGGUGAAACAGGUCCGGUCAUUCCUGGGCUUCGUGGGGUACUACCGCCGCUUUAUCAAGGACUUCUCCAAGAUCGCAAAGCCCCUAAAUCAGUUGCUGGCUGGGACAGGACGCCCCCGAGGUCGCGGAUCGCCGGCUAUCCUAUGGAGCCCCGAGUGUGAGGCUGCGUUCCGGCGACUGAAAGACGAGUUGCUGCAGGCGCCGAUUCUGGCGUAUGCUGACUUCUCCAAGCCCUUUGUCCUAUACACGGACGCUAGCAACCUGGGUUUGGGGGCCGUGUUGGCCCAGCAACAGGACGGUGUAGAGCGGGUCGUAGCCUACGCAAGCCGGAGCCUUCAUCCAGCAGAGAGGAACGACGCCAAUUACAGCUCCUUCAAGUUGGAACUGCUGGCGCUGAAAUGGGCACUCAGCGAAAAGUUUAAAGAUUACUUGUGGGGUGCCCAGGUGACGGUAGUAACUGAUAACAACCCCCUAGUACAUCUACAGACGGCGAAGUUGGGGGCAGUGGAACAGCGCUGGGUGGCCCAGUUGGCCAAUUACAACUACCAGCUCCGAUACCGGCCAGGACGGGAGAACACCAACGCUGACGCCCUGUCCCGACUCCCGGAAGCUCAAGGUCCGAGGGACCCACCGGAACCCACGCCAGACCCCGAAGGAGAGGAGUAUAUGGUGGGCAUUGUGGAGGCGCCGGGGACUCAACAUGAGGGGAUGCCUGUGAGUUGGGGAUGGGACCCCUGCCGCUGGAAAGAGCGACAGCAGGCCGACAGGGAGAUCAGUGGCUUGAUGCGAUGGCUGGAACGGGGCCGAAAACCGACGUUGGCCGAACAACGGGCCCAAGGGGGAACAGGAAGGAAGCUGUUGGGACAAUGGGCCAGACUACAGGUGAAGGAGGGAGUACUCUGUAGGUCUGUCCGAGAUCCGGGGCUGGACGAGGAACUCCGACAGAUCGUUGUCCCCGAAGGCCAGGUACAAGAGCUCUUGAUAGCGUACCAUGAUCAGCUGGGCCACCAAGGGCACGAGAAAACGGUCUCUCUCUUGAGGCGACACUUCUACUGGCCCAACCUAGAAGCAACGGUACGUACCUUCGUCCAGGCCUGUCCUCGUUGCACCUUGUUCAAAGCCAGGAAGGAGGCACGAGCACCGAUGGUCCCCAUCCAGGCAAAGGCUCCUCUCCACAUAGUCGCAAUGGACUUCUUGACUUUGGGUCGGCCGGCAGACCGCUAUCAGAACAUCCUUGUCAUAACCGACUUGUUCACCAAGUACUCCUGGGCCAUUCCUACUUUGGACCAGACGGCGAACACCACCGCCACUGCUCUGUGGAGAGCUGUCUUCCAGCCGUUCGGUUGCCCCGAGUUCCUACACUCGGACCAAGGGCCAAACUUCGAGUCUCGGGUAAUCAGAGAGCUGUGUAAAGUGUACGGCUGCACCAAGACCCAUACCACUACUUACCACCCCCAGGGAAAUGGCGGAUGCGAGCGGUUCAAUCAGACCCUAUUGAACUUGCUCGGCACGCUAGACCAAGAACAUCAGAGCGACUGGGUGAGUGUGCUACCAAAUCUGGUUCAGGCCUACAAUAAUAGUACGCACAGUACCACGGGCUACGCCCCCACUUAUUUGAUGUUUGGCAGGCAUGUGCGGAUGCCCACCGACUUAUUGCUGGGGACGGCAGCAACCGAGGAGGAGGGGAACGUAACCGAAUGGGUAAGGCGCCACCACCAACGCCUCCAUUUUGCAUACGAGCAAGUCUCGGGACGGAUCCGAGCGGCUGGGAAGAAAAACAAGAGGCUGUACGACCGGACGGCUCGGGAAGCCCCCCUUCUCCCAGGAGAAAGGGUCCUGGUAAGGGACAACCGGCGACAAGGGAAGGGGAAGCUCAGUGACCGAUGGGAGAAUGCACCGUACGUGGUCGAGGGCCAGCAGCGGCCUGGACAGCCAGUAUAUACAAUUCGGCCCGAAGGAAAAGCCGGGCCCGCUAGAGUGGUCCAUCGGAACAUGAUCCGCCCCUGUCCGAACUAUCCCAGCCCCGUAGAGGAGGCGCCAAAGGAGCCUGAAGUGGUAGCCCCGUGGAUAGCAGGAUGGGCCGUGAUCCCAGGAGAACGGGGAAAUGUCCCCGCAGAAAUGGCCCCCAGAGACCCGAUGGAUAUGCCUGCGGACAUCGACCCUGUCUCGCCAUCACGACGGUCCCAGAGGGAGAACCGAGGUCGGCCCCCGGCACGCUAUGGAGAAUGGGCGACUGAAAGGCGUUCUAGGGACUAGAACGGUUUGGCAGGGGGGUAUGUCACGGGGUGACGAAAGAGAAGCGGAACUAAGUCCCGCCGGAAUUUUGUGUUCCCCUCGGGACGGUGUCGCGGUAACACCGGUCCACUUCCGGGUUGCGCCCGAUGUCACAAUAACAACGCUAAUGACCGAUUGACAUCUGGUGUGGGGAGUUUGAUGUGGCGAUCUGUGAGAGGAUUAUGGAGGCGGAGUAACCACAUAAAAAGAGGAGUGCAGAGACCAUACGGGAAGAUUCUAUUUGGUCGUUCGUUCUCCCGGCUAUUCUUCCUGGUUGGCUUGCCCCCGUGUGUGGUUCUUCUCUUUGGAUGUGUUCCCCUAGGAGAAGUGAAUUCCUGGGACGUUUGGGCUGGCGUGUGGAGGUAUUUGAGGACUAUUGUGGGGUUUCGGCUAUCUGGCUGUGCGACAGAUAUAUCAGCGAUCGAGUGGAGAUAUUCAGGACAGAAAGAGUGUGAGUUCUGGAAAGCAAGUGAAGACCAGGCCGCGCCAUCACUAUCGGAGGGAAGUUAAGAGACCUGAUCUGGGACUUCGAUCAAUUGUAUACAUCUGGACUGGGAGUGAUAACGUGUGAAGUGGACGGAGCCAUCGUUGGGUGAGUGCUGGCUCUAUUUGCACUAAGAGUGGGUGUGCCGUGUCUGAAGUGGUGUGUUUGCACAAUAAAUCGUUUGAAGUGAAGUUACAGAGUGUGGGGAAGAUAUAUAGAGUUAAUGCCGGACGCUCAUCACCCCGAGAGCCCACCACCGUCACCGUAAUCCACACCCAGGCACUCAAUUGAAGUAUCCCCAAGCCGUAAGCCCCAUUUCUUAUUCAAGAACACAUACAUGCUGUUGAUUACUUAUCCCGCUGUGUAGAUCGCAGGAUCCUCUGGGCCGAGCGCCGCAUGUGAUGUCCCUAUGAAAGGAGGUGGACACACGAAUCAUUCCUUUCCCGGUUUUAACCGAAGCAUCUCCCAGCCGUAAGCCCCACUACUUAUUCAAGAACACAUACUUACUGUUGAUUACUUACUCUGCUGUGCAGAUCGCAGGAUCCUCUGGGCCGAAUACUGUAUGUGAUGUCCCUGUAGAAAGAGGUGGACACACGAAUUAUUCCUUUUCCGGUCUUAACCGAAGCAUCUCCCAGCCGUAAGCCCCACUACUUAUUCAAGAACACAUACUUACUGUUGAUUACUUACUCUGCUGUGCAGAUCGCAGGAUCCUCUGGGCCGAACGCCGUAUGUGAUGUCCCUAUGAAAAGAGGUGGACACAAGAAUUAUUCCUUUCCCGGUCACAACCGAAGCAUCUCCCAGCCGUAAGCCCCAUUACUUAUGCAAGAACACAUACUUGCUGUUGAUUACUUACUCUGCUGUGCAGAUCGCAGGAUCCUCUGGGCCGAACGCCGUAUGUGAUGUCCCUAUGAAAAGAGGUGGACACAAGAAUUAUUCCUUUCCCGGUCACAACCGAAGCAUCUCCCAGCCGUAAGCCCCAUUACUUAUGCAAGAACACAUACUUGCUGUUGAUUACUUACUCUGCUGUGCAGAUCGCAGGAUCCUCUGGGCCGAACGCCGUAUGUGAUGUCCCUAUGAAAAGAGGUGGACACAAGAAUUAUUCCCUUUCCCGGUCUCGACCGAAACAUCCACGAGCUCUACUUACCCGGAUACCCCCCCUCACUCCGGGACGGGUGACAGACUAUCCUGGCUCUUGCUGACCCCGUACAGGCACGAACUGCCGACGACUCCACGCCUUCCCAGCGUCUGAGGUCUGGCUCUGUUCUGGUCGGGAGACACGGAAGGAACA